UCUUUCUCACUUUGAAAGGUUUCGAAGCGGUCCGUCUGGGUGAAGCGAGGCGAGCGGUAGUCGUUGUCGAGUAACGAAGAGAAGAAGAAGAAGAAGAAGAGGAGAGAGGAGAGAGAGAAACGAAGAGCUCCAAAAUGGUUUUCCGAAGGGCUUGUUACGUCUGCGGUCAGAUUGGCCACUUGGCUGAGAACUGCAGCUCCAACGAGCGCUUGUGCUUCCUCUGCAGGGGUGCUGGCCAUGAGGCCUCGGCCUGCCCGGAGCCCCGCACAACUGACAACAAGCAGUGCUUCAGCUGUCUGGAGAUGGGCCACAUCAAGGCCGACUGCCCCAACCCCCCAGCGGCUCGCACUCGCCCUGCUCCUGCCGCCGGUGCUGCCGCUGGUGCUGCCGGCAGCACGGCCACCAACGGCUGCUACACCUGUGGUGGACCUCACCUGGCCCGCAACUGCCCCAGCACCGUCGGCACUGCUGCUGGUGCCGCCCCUGGAGCUGCUGCAGCUCGCUCCAACGGCGUCAUUUGCCGGAACUGCGGAGGCCAGAACCACUUCGCCCGCGACUGCAAGGCCCCUGCCGCCCCCAACGCCGCUGCCCUCGCGGGUGCCGGUCGCGCUCCCCGACCAAAGACGUGCUACCGUUGCAGCCUGCCCGGCCACAUCGCCCGCGAAUGUCCCUCGUUCACGGACCCCAUCCCUCCCCAGGACUCGGCCCUGGUUGGCUGAGCGGACGUGGAAUGAUGCGAUCGUCUUUGUCUGAGUUGAUUUUGGAAAGCAAAGAGAGUGUACAGAUGCUAUCGGGUCCUUCCCUCCCCCCCCUCCAAAGACUCCAUAUCUCUUGUCACGCUCUCGUUCAGAUGGGAAUGCUAUGCAGUUGCGGUGCUGCGACAAAUGCCCGCACGUUUGC